CGCCCCUGUGCCGCCUUCGCCAUAUUACCGGAGGGGUUGGGUCACGUGACCACGCUGACCUGGGAGCCGCGACCGGUCGGCGCGGUCACUUGUCCCCCGGUCACCGACCGCACCGCAGCGCCACGUCCACCGACUCUACUGCACCGCUACCAGCUACGUAACUGAGACUGUUCCUGGCCACUCGUUCGUGCCAUGCCGACCACUCGAGGCGGCAGAGAAACUGGGUUUACCAGCCCGAGGAGAUCGGGGAAGGCUCAUCCAGCACGCCGAUCCCGAAGCAGAGCCAGCAUAUGGCUUGUGGGUAAAACCAUUGAGGCGUUUCGCCCUACCCAGCUGCCUACCAGGAGAGAAUGUCUACAGCGCGCUGGAUGGCCCACGUCAUCUACGGCAUCAAGAUGUUCUUGUUCCGACAUCAGCUACUGGAGCUGGGCAUCAUCUCCAAGGACAUGCACGACAAGCUGCGGCGGUUCGCUGUGUUUGUCUGCCUCUUUUACGUCAAAGAGUGGCUCACCUGCACAACAGCUGCGGAUGCCGCUGUCAGCGACCUCAGCAGGUACCAGGACCUCAACGUUCUCCGCAGGGUGGACCCUAAGGUAGCGGAGGCGGCAAUGGAGGUGUACGGUCGCCACACCUGGUACCUCACGCAGGAGCUGGUUACCUUGGCGCUGGUCAGCUCCCUGGUGGAUCCUCCAACGAAACGGCGGAUGGCAGACGUCAUACACGAGUAUGCGACGGAGCAGGCAACCGCAACCAGAAUGGACAAGCCCGAUCUCCCGACUCUGCCCACCGAGGCCGGCCAAGUGAAGGCACUGGAACUGGAUGACUUCAUCGGACCAGAAUCCCGCACAGUGUUCGGAGUCCUCGGCAUCAGCGCGGGAUUUCUGCGAAAGCCGCUGCCGUGGGACGGUGAUCCGGACUUUGAUCGCCCGGCGACAUUCGUCCUGCACCUGCGGGUCACAAACGACACUGCGGAGCGCGGAGUAAAGCUCAUUAGUGACUUCAUCGGCCACAUCACGACCUCCGACUUCGAGCUGCAGGAGCUGCUACAGGUUGUGGAGGCGCACUGUCAGCGGUACCCAGACUACAGCAAAGCCACCUUGUCAGCCGCCGUCUGAGGCCAUGAGACUGUGAUUCUGUGACUGAUCAGUGCUGUGCGUCUUUCAUUGGCUGUGAUGUGACAGAAAAGAUGUGAUUUAGGUUGUUUAUCGUCUGUUGAGAAAUGCAUUUGUUUUAUCGUUUCAUCAACAUAUGUCUUUCGUACCAAAUACGAGCAGCAGUGGAAACCAGACGCUGUGUUUUGGUU